AUGACGAAGUGCUUCGUACCACUUUUCCCAAAGCACCAGAUUCGGCACGAACCCAAGACGAAACGCAGCCCAGAUGGCAAGGUAUCCUUGCGGGCCCGGGAGUCCAACACAAACCGGACCCACCCUGGUGGAGCGGACUCUUCCGAAUCGACGGAAACGAGCAAGAUCACCGAGAACAAAGACAAAACGAUUCCGUUUCAGGACGGUGCAAAUACUUCCUGGGAACCGAAAGUCAAACGGGUCAGAAUCGGCGCGGACUCUUCCGAAUGCGGUCAAGAAAAAUCGGAAGCGAGCGAAGAUGCAGAGAACUUGAAGAAGACGGAUGCAGACCAUAACACUUCCGGGAGGCAGAAAAUCUCGUUUAACCGGAUCCCAACCGACAAGUGGGUUAGACGGAGAUGGUUGAAAUGGCUAGGACAAUACUAUUUUAUUAAUACCAAAAACGUGUUUGUGUGCUCCGAUCAUUUCACACCGGAUUGUUUUCGAACCCCUGUCGGAGAAAAGGCCCGGAAACGGUUGAAAUGUAGUGCUAUUUCCAGCAUCCGAACGCCGUCCAAGACCUUCACCCGACUCCGCGAACCGUUAGAAUCAAAUUCGAACAAGUGCAAUAUUAUUUGCCACAAUGAAUCUAGCACCAGUCGAAGUAAAACCGGAUGCAGCUCUGAUGAUUCUGGAAUUUCGCUGGAUGUGUCGACGGCGGCAGAUGUGUAUUCGAACCCGGAAAGUGAUAUCAUCCAUUCACUACAGUGCCGAAUUGCACAGCUGAAAGAAGAGAAUGCCCAAUUAAAGCGUGAAGUUGAAAAUCGUCUAGAUGAGAAGCAAUUUUCGGAGAAAAUUAAGAGUAUUCUCUCGCCUUUCUUCGCGGAAAAUCAGGUGGACAAGUUAACGGGCACAAAAAAGCGUGAAUUGGACACAUGAAGAGUUGGGCAAAGUUUUCACCUUGCAGUACUUCAGUGACCCAGCGUAGGUGCCUUAGGGAUUACGCUGCGCGGAUCGACAUGCGGCAAGAAUUCCUCGAGUAAAUAUUUCUAAUGAUGAAAGUACAAGCCCCUACGAUGACUCCCUGGAAACGCGUUGCUAUUCUACUGUAUGACGAGUUUUCAUCCCGUGAAAUGUACGAGUAUGACCGAAAGCACGACGAUGUGCUUGGACCACAUAAGAAAGCGCAGGUAUAUUACUCAAGUUAAAGUUAUCAAAUAAAUCUAACUGUAUUUUUAAUUCAUUUAAUAGGUGAUAAUGAUUCGCGGUCUCUUCGCGAAUUGGAAACAAAUCCAUUUAUGUGAACUUUGACGUUACGAUGACUAACAGGAUUCUCAUGGAAGCGGUCCGAAAGGCGCACGAUGCGGGGUUCGAUGUUGUAGCUGCAACUUCCGAUUGUGGGGGUGGAAAUCAAUUCGUUAACCUGGCUGAAAGACGAACAUUUCUGACCCAUCCCAUAACGGGAAACAAAAUUUUCUUGUUUGCGGACGCCCCCCACCUCCUCCUCCAGUGUCCGAAUCAGAUCAAAAUCACCAUUACGACAAAGAAGAAGAGGACGAUGAAGACACAACGUUCAAUGAACUGCUCCGCAACGAAGACCAUCGCUUUACGAACGAUUCGGACGGGUUUGAGUUCGUAGUAGGUGCUGUUGCUCGGAAGUUUCGAACAGAGUUUCCCUACGUCGUUGACCUCACGAGCAAGUCUAACGAAGAAUUCGUUAGACUGACGGCCUUCUCACUUCUGGACCAUGACUACGCUUACCCGAACAGUUACGUUGACCAUCUUUCGCAAGGUGGACUUGUGAAGCCCUCUGCAGUGUUCCUCGAUCAAGCUGAACAGUUUGAAAAAGCUUUUUGAGCAUUUCACCAGGGCAAAAUACGGGCCGAAAAAGGGGUGGCGCGAUUGACCAAAAUCAUCAAAAAUAAGUUUAUCGACGUACCAGAGACAAUCUACUUCAUUAAGCUGCGCACCUUUAUUAGAAUCAAAACUUUAAAUAGAAUGUUAAAAGAAGCAAAAGCCGCGAAACUCUCCGUACAACGACUCCAGAAGGCGAAGAAAACUCUUAAAACUACCGAACAGAAGAAAUAUUUGUUGUGAUAUGUACUGAUCGUUUGCAACUCAAGCAAUAAAUUGUUGUGUU